AUCUAUUAAUGAUUACAAGAUAAUAACAAAGAGAACUUCAAAUUAAUAAAUUAAUCAUAAAAUAAAAACAAAAACAAAAAUAAAGUUAAUCAUCCAUUGAUACUACUCCAUCAUCAGAAUUACAAGAAAAUUCUUUACUUGAAAUGCUAGAAUUUCUCUAAGUUGGAAACAAAUAGUUGAUUGAAAAGGAUGAUCAAGAAUCUUCUUAAGAUCCCCAGAUUAAAAGAAUUGAAGAUUAUAAUAAAUCAUACUAGAAUGAUAACCUCCAAAAUUUACUAGAUGAUUAGAAUGUCUCUAGUCAAUGUCUGGCUAAUCAUAGAAUAAGAGAAUGGGCAAGAGGCAAAAUGAUUGAUUGGAUGAUUGAAGUUUUUGCAUCCAAUAACGACGAUUACUCAAAUAAUGAUCUUACUUUUUUUAGAGCUGCCAACUUAUUGGAUGCAUACCUGAGGAGCUCCUACAAUUUAAAUGAAUUGGAUAUGUAUUUAAUUGGAGUAACUUGUAUACUAAUUGCAUCAAAAAUUGAGGAUAUUUAUCAACUCUCCAUUAAAACUAUUAUCUAAGAUCUUUCUCAUAAUAACUUCUCUUUGUUUUAAAUCAAGUAAUAGGAAUAGAUAAUCCUUGAAACUUUAAAUUUCGAUACUUGUUUUCCUACUGUUAAUGACUAUUUACAAUAUUUAUUUCUCUAAUUAUUUGGAUAAUCAAAAAAGUAUUCUAUAUUAUAUGAUAUUUUUAGCCAAGCACUCUAAAUAAUUUAAGAAACAGCUGUGUACACACUCAAGAUGUGUUAUCAUGAUUAUGCCAUUAUACAAUACCAAUAAUAUUUAUUAGCAGCCAGUGUCUUAGGAUUUACUAUUUUAAAUUAUGUUGAAUUGCAUUUUGAAUAAUUACCAAUCAACUUUAAAAAAUAAUUAUUAUAGACUGUAUGUAAUAUAUUAUAAAUUUACUAGUAGCAUACCCUUUUGAGAAUUGGAUAAUUGGAGUUAGCAGAUUAUGUGGAAUGUAUACAAAAAGUUGAAGAAUUAACUUAAACAUUUCAUAGUAAAUACCCUGAAUAUUUAAAUCUUUAAAGAUUCAAUUGAUUAUAC